UUCCUCUGUUUUGUGUUUCAGGACAGUGUAUCCGAUCACCAUGACGACUGAAAUGCAGGAGAUCGCCAUCACAGAGGAGAAGCCUUUACUGCCGGGUCAAUCCGACGCUGUGAAGGACGUGGAGAUCGCGGCCCGAAUGCUGCUGGAUCAAGGCCAGGAGCACAGUGUGGAGACGCCUCACGGAGUGCUUCAUGUGACGGUUCACGGCGCCGGGAACGCUCGCAGACCCGCCAUACUGACCAUACAUGAUGCAGGAAUGGACAGUAAGAGCUGCUUCUCCACCCUGUUUAAGUUUGAGGAGAUGCAGGAGAUCGUGAAGAACUUCACUGUGGUUCAUGUGGACGCUCCAGGACAGGAGGAGGGCGCGGCCAUUUAUCCUGCUGGAUACCAGUACGCAACCAUGGAUCAGAUCUCUGAGAUGCUUCCCGCCGUCCUGCAGUUCUUCAAUUUCCGCACAAUUAUCGGUGUUGGAGUCGGAGCCGGCGCUUACAUACUGUCCAGAUUCACUUUGUCUAACCCUGAAGCGGUGGAAGGGCUGGUGCUGGUUAACGUGGACACAAACGCACGAGGCUGGAUGGACUGGGCCGCACACAAGCUUUCCAAUCUGACGUCUUCCCUCACAGACCAAAUCCUGACCCACCUCUUCAGUCAGGAAGAGCUGUCGGCAAACACAGACCUGAUUCAGGCUCACAGAGAGAGAGUGGCUAAAGCGCCGAACGCCAUCAACAUCGAGCUCUUCUGGAAGAGUUAUCUGGGUCGCAGAGAUCUGUGCAUCGAGAGGAACAACACUUUCAAAUGUCCUGUGAUGCUGGUGGUCGGUGAUCAUGCUCCGUAUGAAGAUGCUGCUGUGGAGUGCAACAGCAAACUAGAUCCAACGACCACCUCCUUCCUCAAGAUGGCAGACGCCGGAGGGAUGCCACAACUGACUCAGCCCAGCAAACUGACAGAAGCCUUUAAGUACUUCAUUCAAGGCAUGGGAUACAUGGCGUCGUCCUGCAUGACGCGUCUCUCUCGCUCGCGCACCACCUCUCUCUCCUCCUCCUACUCCAUGGAGGGCUCUCGCUCCCGAUCCCGCACGCUGUCCCAGGGCUCCCAGGGGGGACAGCUCCCGCCCAGCCCGUCCCAGACCAUGGAGGUGUCGUGCUGAGGAGCGCCGGCG